CUUUGAUCCUACACAGACAAUCCUCGGCGAACAAUCGGACCCUCCGCUUAUCUCCCCCAAACUCUCUUCCUCGACAUUCCCGCUUACUCCCUCGGCUCCCUUACGCCGAGCGCUCGUUGCAUAUGGAGCACAUGCGGGAGGUACCCCUGGCAGCAGGUCUGCUCACCACACUCCUGUCUUCCACCAUUCCUUCGCCCACCGCUCUAGCCUAUAGCUUGCCUUCUUCAUCUCCAUCUCUACCUUCUCCGACGACGAGUCCCGUUCACGAUGGCGGCAACGGUGAGGGAGAACCAGGGGGCAUGCACGAAUGGUCUUCCUUAAUUGGAAUCGUGACGGCGCUGGUUGGCAACGUGUUGAUCUCCCUGGCGCUCAAUAUUCAACGCUACGCGCACAUUCGAAUCGAUCGGGAAUGGGAGCAGGAAAAGUUACGAAAGGAACUGGACUGGAAACGCGCCCACCAAGGCCAUGAUAACACCAGCUUGACUGGGAAUUUCGAUGAAUCCGAUCUGGGCGAGAGUGAAAUCAAUCGGGGCCGGGGCCGUGCACCUCUUGAAGACCGCUACAGGGACGAAUCCCCGGACUUUGUACCGGAGGACGCACCGGCUCGUUCUGGUUGGAGCCAGCGGUACCGCGACGAUGACGGCGACUCGCAGGAUCACACGAGGGACUCUCUGCUGUCCGACAACACUGUCCGGCCGGAAAACGAGGGCGACCGCCGUAGUGGCCGCAAAUCCUACCUUCGCUCUCCGUACUGGUGGGUCGGAAUCGUGCUCAUGUCGGUGGGCGAAGUGGGCAAUUUCAUGGCCUACGGGUUCGCGCCAGCGUCCAUCGUGUCUCCGUUGGGAGUGGUCGCGCUGAUUUCGAACUGCGUCAUUGCACCCUUUAUGCUCAAGGAGAAGUUUCGGCAACGUGAUGCCUGGGGGGUUCUCAUCGCCAUUGCGGGCGCAGUGGUGGUUGUGAUCAGUGCGCCGUCGUCGGAGGAGAAGAUUGGGCCUCACGAUAUCUGGGUCAUGAUAACGCGCUGGGAGUUUGAGCUCUACUUAGGUCUCACGGCUGCGUUGAUUGUUGCGCUGAUGUGGGCUAGUCGCAAGUAUGGACCGAAGACAAUCUUGAUUGAUGUCGGGUUGGUCGCAUUAUACGGUGGCUAUACCGCAUUGUCAACCAAAGGUGUUUCUUCUCUAUUGACAUUCACUUUUUGGCAUGUGAUUACGUUCAAGGUCACUUAUCUCCUUGUCUUCAUCCUCAUAUUCAGCGCAGUCAUGCAGAUUCGGUACAUCAACCGAGCGCUGCAGCGCUUCGAUUCAACUCAGGUGAUACCGACUCAGUUUGUGCUUUUCACUCUCUCGGUCAUUGUCGGAAGCGCCAUCCUGUACCGAGAUUUCGAGUCGUUUACGGCGAAGCGUGCCAGCAAAUUCGUGGGUGGCUGUCUGCUGACGUUCUUGGGAGUGUACUUCAUCACCAGUGGAAGAGUUCGUAGUGACACCGAGUCCUCUUUUUCGGCCGACGACGAAGAAGAGGCUAUUGGGCUGCUUGCUGGGGAGCGGUAUUACGACCAUUUCGACUUGUCGCCACCACCGGCCCCUCAAGCCAAAGCACAUAAGCCGGGACGAACAGUCCGCAAUUUCCAAGAUGGGAACAUGGACUCCCCCGCUGGGUCACUUCUCAGCCAUGGUCUUGAGGAUGUCGACGACAAUUUACCCACUCCCCGCGGGGCUCUUUCUGCUGCACCAUCGUCGCCAACGGGCUCCCUGCUUGCGGAGUCAGAAUCCCGUCGCUCCGACGAGCCCACAUCACCUGUGCAUCCCAGCUCGCUUCUGAGGAACCCUUGGGUUGAGUCUCGGGGAUCAACCUCGGCCUCAAGUCAGCGUCCAUCUACUCCUCCAGAGCAAUCUGUGCAGAAUACACACGAAUCACCAUUCCUACUUCGCUUCCCUCCUGCACCUGGCGCAGAAGAAUGCGAACCGCAAGACGUGCCUACUGCGUCAGCGGCUGACGGAUCUCAGCAGAACGUUCGGAAUGUUGUUGUCCCCCAGACUCCACCGGCACGGAGGCUCCGCAAUUCCAUCUCCAACUUCUCGCCUGGCGCCUUUCUCCCGGCAAUCUCGUCUGGUUUCAGUGCGGUGGUUGCCGAGUCACUUCGUCGUGACGAGAUCAGCCCCCACAAGGGCCGGAGGAUUGGACGACGGAUCGGCCGGAAGAAGCAGCUGAGUACGACCGUCUUGGACGGAUACACUCGAAACCGCAACGCAGAUACUCUGGAGACCAUCCGUGAUUUAGAUGGGAGUACUGGGGCGGGCUUGACCCCCCGGUUCCCGUUGUCAGACGCCCGGCUUCAUUCUACGGGUGAGCUCUCUACGGCUCCUGUGACUGUCGGUGUCGCCACUCCUGCUCUCGAAUCGGAAGACGGAACUCGGACGCCUAAGCCCCAGGACGUGGUCUCGCUUUCGAGACUGCGAAGUUUGAGUGAUUCGUGGAGCGGGGGUUUGGCCUGGCUCGGCGGUGUUCUGCACAGACCCGGGGCAAGGAGAGGGUCAGCCAAUCCACCGCUGUCGGAGAACCCAAGGGAUGACAGUGGUCUCGGGGCACCGAGUGACCCAGCCCAGCGGGGCCCUGAGUCUGACGCGCAGGUAUAGACUGGAAGCUUUCAGGUGACAGUCACACACCGCUUGUUAGUACAUAAUUGUUUUCGAGUAACAUAUGGGAGGAGAUAAGUUCACAUAGCCUCAGCAUUUUCCUCGCACAUCAUAUAAGUUUUUAAUAGACAUUAGCAUUGUGAUCCUCGGGUUGAGGGGCGGAGCAGAAGGUCAGUUCUGUAUGUACAAUACUGUGUUUGCAGUCAAUGGAAGAAAGACAUGGUCACUGCGC